AUGGCCGUGGGUAACACUAGUAGUAUGGUUUCAGAGUGCUUCAUUCAUCAACCAAAACAUGAUUUGGAAGAACACUCCGACCGCCGCUUCCACCUAAACCCAUGGGAUUUGAUGUCCAGCGAUCCCCAACACUAUGUCCAAUAUGGUCUUCUCUUUGCCAAAAACGACGACGCAAAGGAGGAUGAAGAGGCCUAUUCCAUUGAAAAUCUAUUGCACAGGUUGAAGCAUUCUCUCUCCCUCGCCCUUAUCCAUUUCUACCCAUUUGCAGGUCGAGUUGUCAAAAAUAUUGAAAAUGCUGCUGACUCACACUCUUCUUCACGCUACUACUCCCUCUAUGUUGACUGCAAUAGUACCAACAACAACCGCUGUGGUGCCAAAUUCAUAUAUGCCAUCUCCAACGCAGCAGUGUCUGAUCUUGUAUCACCUAACGCUGACGUGCCGGCUUCGCUGCUGCAAUCCUUUUUCCACGACGACCGAGCUCUCGACUACAACGACCCAAACAAGAGUUUGCUUACCAUUACGGUAACCAAGCUGGCAGAUGAUGGUGUGUUCAUGGGCUUCUGCUGUCACCACUGCGUUGCUGAUGGAACCUCUCUCUGGCAUUUCAUCAAUAUGUGGUCUGAGAUCUUUCAAACUAAUACUAGUGGUACCAGUGAUGUUUUCAAUACAAUUUCUCGCCCACCAAUUCUUGAUCGUUGGUUUCCUGAUGGUCACGGUCCAAUUAUAAACCUUCCUCUCUCUUGUGAUCAUACUGUUACUAACAUUGAAGAAGGAGCUCCUCCAGAAUGCAGAGCCAGAAUCUUUCGCUUGUCGUCCCAGAAAAUAGCAGAGCUCAAAGCUAAAGCCAUUGCAGAGUGCAUUAACAAUAAUGAUGGUAUUGAUAUAAGUACCAACAACAACUACACCAGAAUCUCUUCAUUCCAGGCGGUGGCUGCAUUUAUGUGGAGGUCCAUAACUAAAGCACGGCGAUUAGCCGAUGAUGAGUUAUCCAUUUUCAUAUUCCCUAUAAACUGCAGAGCAAAACUGGACCCACCAUUGUCGCCAAACUAUUUUGGGAACUCAGUGGGUGCGGUGAAAGGAGCAAGCAAGGUGGGUGAGCUGGUUGAAAAUGGAGUGGGUUGGGCAGCCUGGCAGAUGAACCAGGCUCUGGUUAACUACGGUGACAAGGAAGUGCGUGGGUCGAUCGAUGAAUGGUUGGAGAAUCGUUGGGUUGUAACUGAAAACAAUCGGACUGGUCAUCCAGGGAUGGUGAUAAUAAAUGAUUAUACCAAAUUUGACAUAUUCGGCAAUGAAUUUGGAUUGCUGGGGAGACCAGAGGCAUUUUUGUUUGGUAAUAGAAAGCUGAUGAGAGAUGGAAGUGUUUGUUGCUGCUCGUUGGGUGGCAAAGAUGGAGGCUUUGCUCUUGAGGUUUGGCUUCUGCCUCACACCAUGUCCAAUCUUCUAUCUGACAAACACUUCAUGGAAAUGGUCUCUUGA